AUGACUCUGCCCAAGAAGUCAGUCAUUGUAGAUCUUAAAGAAAUCUUUAAGUCAAACCAGAAUCUUUAUAAAAGUGUCCCUAAAAUCUGGCCCUACCGCACGGCGGAAGGAUUGUCGUUAUCGAUUGAUCUUAACAAUGAUGAUAAGUUAUCAGCUCUGCACCUCCAUCUAGAUCUAAAUAAUGUAUGUUCCUUAUUGCACACAUGGAUGUCAAUUUAUUUAUGUCAACAACGAAGUUCGAUGUUUUCUCAGCUGUGGGAGGGAUUUUGGAGCGUUCUUUAUCAAUAA